AUGAGCGGGAGCGAGAUUUGUUUGUGCACAAUUCCAGCUGGAAGAAAAGAUGGGAAAAAAGCGAAGGGUACCGCGUUUGAUAGAGUUGCUGGUGUUGGGGAUCGCCCAGGCGAAGAAUAUGCAGCCCUGAAUGUUUUGCACCAGCUCGAGCGAGGAAAGCCACUGGAGCGACUGCUUGCGCCCGAGUUUCGAGAUGUAUGGAUUGGUCUGGACAAGCGAUUUGAGGAGUAUGAUGCCGAAAAUAAGCAAAGAGUAGUCACGAAAGAGAGAAGGAAGGCUCAAGCUGAACGACGGGCCAAGAUAGAGCAGUCCAAAGAGUCUGCGACUAUAAGCAUCUCAGCGACAUCGCGGAAGUUAAUCGAAAGUGCGAUUGUACAGCCCAACGGAUCCACGCUUGGGGGCGCAUCGCAUCAGCCCUCUGCUUCUUCGUCUGGAGCUAGUGGCAUUCAGGGAGCAAGCAAUUUCUUGAAGAAUGAGCUCAUGGGAAUGGGAUUCUCAAAGUUCGAUGCUGUUGAUGUUAGUCAACGAUUUUCGGAUGUCACUUCAGCACUCGACUAUUUGUGCCUAAACUUGGACGAAGCGGAACUACCAAGAUCAUUCGCACCAACGGCUGAUGUAGAAGUUGUCCGCUUUACAUCAAGUUCAAGGGAGCAGAGCAAGGAUCGCGUUGAUUCUUCAAACCGAGACCAUCUCAUGCGCUUGACUUGUUUAUCGAAACAGGCUGUGGAGAGGGCAUUGCUUGCGUCGGGUGGUGAAAUGACUACUGCACUAGGCGUCUUGUACAACACACUUACACACAAUAUGAUCGCGGGAUAUACAUUCCAAUCGCUGGAGGAAAAUAUUGCAAACUUGGCUUGCGAGGAAAGAGCUACGGAGGCAAGUAUAUUAUCUGCUAUAUAUGGUGAAGACGCCACGGUCGGUCCCGGAUCAAUGCCGGGAUUUGAAAACAGUUGGGCUGCCGUCGUGCGCUUGCAAAAAGGGUUGAAUGGCAUCGGUGUUCAGUAUCCGGUGAUUGUCGCCGUCGUGGAUUUGGACGGAUUUUAUCCAUUUUCUGUACCAGCUGUUAUAGUAGGAACCAAUUUUCGCACCACAGCCGCCACAGAGGAUAAGUUGCAUGCUUCGUAUCGUCGGGUUCUGAUGAGGGCUGCGACAGGCGAAGUGCUAUCUGCGAUGCGGUCACUUGGAGGACUGCAAUUCUCGCCCGGAGAAGACCUUGUUCCUACCCCGGUAGUCCACGAUGUAGUCUCGUUCUUGGGCAAUGUGAGUGAAAACCAGCUAAUGACAGUCGUAGCGAAAAGAAACGAAGGCACUUGCGACACUGGAUCUGGACACAUGGCUGCUAUAACGCCUUCAGUUUCGGCGCGAAAUGAGCAGAUGCAUCCGAAAUCUACUGGAAGAGCAACAAGACGCCCUGUGGAACGACCAAUGCGUGUUGAACCUUUGAAGUCUUCACCACAACUGGUUGAUAUGAAAUCGAGAAGGUCUAUGCUUCCCGCCCACAAAGCGAGAAACGAGAUUAUUGAAAAGAUUAGACAUAAUCAGGUCGUUGUCGUGAGUGGUGCAACUGGGUCUGGAAAGACUACACAAGUUCCACAAUUUCUACUGGAGGACGCGGCAAUGGCGAAAGAGCCUAUGUCCAUUGUCUGUACACAGCCACGGCGUAUUGCGGCCAUGUCUGUUGCCGAACGUGUUGCCGCGGAACGCUGUCAGAGGGUUGGAGAAAGCGUUGGGUACCAGGUCAAACUGAACUCAAAGCGUUCCAGAGCCACAAGAGUUGUGUUUUGUACAACUGGAGUCCUUCUAAGAAAAUUGCAGGGCGAUCCACAAUUGGAGAGCUUGACUCAUGUCCUGGUAGAUGAGGUUCAUGAACGCUCCGUAGAGACGGAUUUUGUGCUUCUCUUGCUCCGUGAGAUUGCGGCAAGAAGACCUAGUAUUCGGAUUGUGCUUAUGUCGGCCACGUUGGAUGCAAACAAAUUUGCUGAGUACUUCUCGAGUACAUUGUCAAGAGGCAACAAACGAGCCACCGUCCCAAUCGUGUCAAUACCGGGCAGGACAUUUCCUGUGGAGGAGCUUUACCUUGAGGAUGCCGUUAGAUUUUCACAGUAUCGACUAAGACCUGGAGCACGCUAUGCGAAACGAGUCGGGAAAGUGGUCCACAAAGGGAAGUAUGGAAUGGAGCCGGCGGCAGGCACUGAGUUUCCGAAGCAACGUAUUACCGCUACCGCAGCAGCGGGGCGUGCUUACAUUGCGCUGGACGAUGAGCGACAGGAACUGGACGGAGACCUGAAAACGUAUGAUGCACAGUUGUCGACUGCUCAAAGUCGAGAAACAACUAUUAGCGAAACUCAAAGACAUUUGGAAAUGAAACAAACGGUUGGCAUUAUUGACGAGUCGAUUGUCAACGUGGAUCUAAUCGGCCUGCUUGUCUGGAAAUUGAAUAGAGAUGGCAGAAUGAAUCGCGAUGGAGCGAUUUUGAUUUUCCUCCCGGGCGUAGCUGAUAUCUCGGCCGUCGUGAGGAAGCUUUCAACAGGAGACGAAUCGCACAGUCUGUGGCCUCUACCUCUGCAUUCCAUGAUGUCUCCUGAAGAACAAACUAGAGUUUUCUCCAAACCCCCUAGAGGGAAGCGGAAAGUAAUUUGCUCAACAAACAUCGCCGAGACUUCGAUCACCGUUGAUGACGUCACCGUUGUCAUUGAUACAUUAAGAUCGAAGCAAAUGGGGUACGAUGCACUGAAUAGGUCUUCUGUUCUUGAGGAACAAUUUAUCUCAAAGGCAGCAGCGCAGCAGAGAGCGGGACGAGCCGGUCGCGUUUCAAGUGGAACAUGUUAUCGUCUUGUGCGAAAAAAUACUUUUGACAACCGGAUCGCAGCAGAACAAACACCUGAGAUUCAACGAGUUGCAUUGGAGCACUUGGUGCUGAAUAUGCUUAGUAUCAUUCCGGAGCAGCAAAGCCAAAAUGAUCCACACUUAUUUCUCGGAAAGGCCAUCGAUCCACCUGCUGCCGACUCAAUUACAUCGUCCAUCACAAACCUUAUCGAAAUUGGGGCGAUGCGGCGGCAAACUAGUGGAUCUCAAAAGGUCGAAUUGACUGCUCUUGGAAAACAUCUGACUGGGAUGCCUGUUGAUGCUCGUGUCGGUAAGUUGUUAAUUUUCGGGUCAUUAUUCAGUUGCACAGAUGCGGCCCUCACUAUUGCAGCGACGCUCGCCGAGCGCUCUCCAUUUUAUGCUCCUUUCGACAAACGAGAAGAAGCGCGGGCAGCUCGAGCCCCGUUUGUCUGGGGAAAAUCGGACCUGCUCACGUACGUGAGGGCAUACAACGCUUGGCGAGACAUUCGCGAAAGCAGAGGAGGAUAUGCUGCAGAGCAGGCGUUCUGUUCAAAGAACUUUCUUGCAAGGAAAACGCUACAAGCCAUUUCCGAUGGAAGGAGGCAGCUUGCAGAUGCCCUCGCAGAUGCUGGCUUUGGACUCCCUGGGGCUGAGAGGUCGUUUAGGGGUUGGGAACGAGAAGAGGCGGUCAAUCAGUUCAGUGAUAACCUGCGUGUCGUGAAAGCAGUUGUCUGCGCGGCGCUAUAUCCAAACAUUGCGCGCAUCGAUCUACCGGACAAAACGUAUUACGAGGUAGCAGGAGGCACUGUAGCGAACAAAUACAAUGCGAAAGACCUCCGACUGCGGUCCAAGAGUGGAGAGAGGCUCUUCUUGCAUCCAGAGUCGGUGAAUUUCCACCAGGGUAAUUUUGAGACGCGAUGGCUGGCGUACUUUGCCAAGGUGAAAACCUCACGUCUGUUUGUUCGUGACUCUAGUAUGGUAUCGCCGUUUGCCAUCUUGCUUUUCGGUGGGGAGAUUAAUGUUCAACACAAAAAGGGGCAAAUGUCGGUUGACAAUUGGGUUAUCUUCAAGGCUCCGGCCAAGGUUGCAGUACUUGCGAGGGAACUACGACGUCAGCUAGACGGGUUACUGAUGCGGAAAUUUGAAAAUGCUGAUAUCGAUCUCGCCGAGGAAGGCAAGACCGUGAACGAGGCGAUUAUCAGGUUGAUUACCACAGAAUCUUGA